AUGAACUCUACCCUGGAGCUGAACCAGAGCACAACGCCCUUCUGCUUGCUGGAUGUGGGCUACUCGCAGAUCUUCAAUACCUGUGUGCUAGAAGUGGCCGUCAUUCUGUUCCUCACCGUACUCAUCAUCUGUGGAAACCUGGUGGUGAUCUUUGUCUUCCACUGCGCACCACUCCUCAGCCAUCACACUACCAGCUCCUUCAUCCAGACCAUGGCCUAUGCUGACUUGCUGGUUGGGGUUAGCUGCCUCAUCCCCUCCCUGUCUCUGCUUCACCACCUGGAGGGCCUGGAUGACGAGCUCAUCUGCAAGGUCUUUGGCUACAUGGUGUGCGUGCUCAAGAGCGUAAGCAUGGCCUCACUUGCAUGUGUAAGCGUGGACCGCUAUGUGGCCAUUACGCGGCCGCUCUCGUAUUCCACUCUGGUGACGCCCUGCCGUCUGCGCACCUGCAUCGCCCUCAUCUGGCUCUAUUCAACCCUUAUUUUCCUGCCCUCCUUUUUUGGCUGGGGCAAACCUGGCUACCACGGCGACGUGGUCGAGUGGUGUGCUUCGUCAUGGGGCACUCAACCACUUUUCACCACCUUUAUUGUGGUGGCGCUCUAUGCCCCAGCCGCUCUCACUGUCUGCUUUACCUACGCUCACAUCUUCCGUAUCUGCCGGCAGCAUACACGGCAGAUCAGUGAACGCAGAGCCCGCUUCGGACCACAGGAAACUGAGACGGGAGAGGCAGCCUGCCCAGACAAACGCUACGCCACUGUGCUAUUUCGCAUCACCAGCGUUUUUUAUUUACUAUGGCUACCCUAUAUCAUCUACUUCCUUCUGGAGAGUGCCAGCAUCUACCGGCACCCGGCUGCUUCCUUCCUCACCACCUGGCUGGCCAUCAGCAAUAGCUUCUGUAAUUGCCUCAUCUACAGUCUGUCCAAUAGCGCCUUCCGCAAGGGCCUUAAGCGCCUCUGCUCACUCUGCCUCAAGCGUCCUAAUGACCACAAAAAGCCCCCGGGAACACCACCCGCGGUCCCCCCUGCACCAGAGCACCCAGUCUGCCAUGUGUAG